CGGGAGCGCCGAGUGCGCCGCCACGCCGAGCUGCGUGCUCUCCGGGACGAGAUGGGUGAGGACGUCGCCCUCCGUCACGCGCAGGAGGGGCGGAAGAUCCUCCAGGAGAACCUUCGGUCGAUGUGGGCUACCGGUGGACAGAGCGUCCACCUGUAGAACCCGCGCAGCAGACGCACGCCGCGCUCUGCUCAUCAACGCGUCGACCAUCGACGCCACACAGCCUAUCAUUAUUUCUCUUUAUGUUCCUUCCCUUUCGUACUGUACCACCACUCUUUCUUGAUGUCCGACAUGUCGCGAACCCGUGAUGCCCUGCGGGUUCGUGGCAUGCCGUUCAUCGCGCGGGUCAGGACUGUUGGGGGCAUACUUCAGUCUUGACUCGCUUUUUCUUUCCAUUUUCUCUUUCCGUUCUCAUCUCUUGCAUAUGACAUCAGCAUGGACUCGGACAGCAUGGACUCGGCGGAUAACUCUCCGGAUCUCGAUUUGUACGAUACGCGUCUCUUUGUCUCUCUACUAUAUGUCUCACCUUGCAUGUUUCCUGGCUACGGUCUCAACUCAUCUCCUUCGCCUUGAUCUGUACUCUCUAGCUUGCAGUCCUUGCAUCAUUGGACUUGGGAUUCACCGGACCUCUACCAUGUACGGAAACGGUUAGGUAUAUGUUUCGAUAUGUGUCGAUUUGUCUGGUAUCAUCUUGUAGCCAUCCAUAUAGCGUUGAAUGCAUCGCAGUUGAGAUACAUA